AUGACACAGAUGAAGGUUGACACACGACUGCCAAGAGCAAGUUAUCUGCGCAAACGGAAUUGUGUCAGUAUUGUGCCAGUUUUGUGUCAGUAUUAUGUCAGAAUUGUGUCAGGAUUGUGUCAGUAUUGUGUCAGUUUUGUGUCAGAAUUGUGUCAGUAUUGUGUCAGAAUUAUGUCAGUAUUGUGUCAAUAUUGUGUCAGAAAUGUGUCCGUAUUGUGCCAGUAUUGUGUCAGUAGUCUGCCAGUAUUGUGUCAGUAUUGUGUCAGAAUUGUGUUAGAAUUGUGUCAGUAUUGUGUCAAUAUUGUGUCAGAAAUGUGUCCGUAUUGUGUCAGUAUUGUGCUAGUAUUGUGUCAGUAUUCUGCCAGUAUUGAGUCAGUAUUGUGUCAGAAUUGUGUUAGAACUGUGUCAGUAUUGUGUCAAUAUUGUGUCAGAAAUAUGUCCGUAUUGUGUCAGUAUUGUGUCAGUAUUGUGUCAGAAUUGUGUCAGUAUUGUGUCAGUAUUCUGCCAGUAUUGUGUCAGAAUUGUAAAUAUGUCCGUAUUGUGUCAGUAUUGUGUCAGUAUUGUGUCAGAAUUGUGUCAGUAUUGUGUCAGUAUUCUGCCAGUAUUGUGUCAGAAUUGUGUCAGUAUUGUGGCAGUAUUGUGGCAUUAUAUGUCCUUAUCGUGUCAGUAUUGUGGCAGUAUUGUGCCAGUAUUGUGGCAGCAUUGUGGCAGUAUUGUGGCAGUAGUAUGUCCUUAUCGUGUCAGUAUUGUGGCAGUAUUGUGCCAGUAUUGUGCCAGUAUUGUGGCAGUAGUAUGUCCUUAUUGUGUCAGUAUUGUGGCAGUAUUGUGGCAGUAUUGUGGCAGUAUUGUAGCAGUAUUGUGUCAGUAUUGUGUCAAUAUUGUGUCAGUAUUGUGUCAGUAUUGUGUCAGUAUUGUGUUACUCUUGUGGCAGUAUUGUGUCAGUAUUGUGUCAGUAUUGUGGCAGUUUUGUGGCAGUAUUGUGGCAGUAUUGUGGUAGUAUUGUGUCAGUAUUGUGUCAGUAUUGUGCCAGUAUUGUGUCAGAAUUGUGUUAGUAUUGUGUCAGUAUUGUGUCAGUAUUGUGACAGUAUUGUGGCAGUACUGUCGGCAUUGUGUUCUGCCAGCAACGUAUAA